UUAACUGCACUGUAGAUGUAUAAUUUUUAAGAUUAUACCGACUGUUAAAAAUGUUCGUGUACUUUCCGUGUACAUGUAGCAACAAGAUUAUUUCUCGAAGAUUCUCUUUUCUAGUGUCAACUAAUUAGACAUCUGAUAUGCAACCACAGAUAAUUCUUUUAAAAGAAGGCACAGACUCCUCCCAAGGGGUGCCGCAGAUAGUUAGCAACAUCAAUGCCUGUGGAGCCAUAGCAGAUGCUGUCAGAACAACACUCGGCCCUCGUGGCAUGGACAAGCUUAUUGUGGACAAUAGUGGCAAAGCAACCAUUUCAAAUGAUGGUGCAACAAUUUUGAAGACAUUGGAUAUUGUUCAUCCCGCAGCCAGAACAUUGGUUGAUAUUGCAAAAUCGCAAGAUGCUGAGGUUGGAGAUGGUACCACAUCAGUUGUUCUGCUGGCAGGAGAAUUCCUCAAACAAGCCAAACCUUAUAUUGAGGAGGGAGUUCACCCGCAAGUUGUUAUACGAGCAUUUAGAAGGGCUGCAGCCUUGGCAGUGGACAAGGUGAAGGAAUUGGCUGUACAAAUCAAGAAAAGUGAUCCAGAGGAGCAGAAGUCCAUGCUGUUGAAGUGUGCCUCCACAUCUCUGAGCUCCAAGCUGGUGGCCCACCAGAAGGAGUUCUUCUCCAAGAUGGUUGUCGAUGCAGUCCUCAUGCUAGACGAGCUGUUGCCUCUCAACAUGAUUGGCAUCAAGAAGAUCACCGGUGGAGCACUGGAGGAUUCCCGCCUGGUAGACGGGGUGGCAUUCAAGAAGACAUUCAGCUACGCUGGCUUUGAGAUGCAGCCCAAGAGCUACAGUGACCCCAAGAUUGCCCUCCUCAAUGUUGAACUGGAACUCAAGGCAGAGAAGGAAAACGCAGAGAUACGCAUUGACAAUGUCACUGAGUACCAGAAGAUUGUGGAUGCUGAGUGGAAGAUCCUGUAUGACAAGCUGGAGAAGAUCCACCUGAGUGGGGCCAAGGUUGUGCUGUCCAAGCUGCCCAUUGGGGAUGUGGCCACACAGUACUUUGCUGACAGGGACAUGUUCUGUGCCGGUCGUGUGGUAGAGGAAGACCUAAGGAGGACCAUGAAGGCAUGUGGAGGCUCCAUCCAGACCUCUGUGGGAAACCUGAAGAACAACGUGCUGGGGACCUGUCAGAAGUUUGAGGAGAUACAAGUAGGAGGGGAUAGGUACAAUCUAUUCACUGGCUGCCCCCAGGCCAAGACCUGCACACUGCUGUUGAGAGGAGGUGCAGAGCAAUUCAUAGAGGAGACCGAGCGUUCCCUCCAUGACGCAAUUAUGAUUGUGCGUAGGGCCAUGAAGAACGAUGCCGUAGUGGCAGGUGGUGGUGCAAUCGAGAUGGAGCUUAGCAAGUACCUGCGAGACUGUUCACGCACGAUUGCUGGCAAGGAGCAGCUAUUGAUGGGGGCCAUGGCCAAGGCAUUUGAGGUGAUCCCUAGACAGCUGUGUGAGAACGCAGGCUUUGACGCUACCAACAUUCUCAAUAAACUGAGGCAGAGCCAUGCACAGGGAGGUCGUUGGUUUGGUGUGGAUAUCCUAAAUGAAGACAUAGCUGACAACUACGAAGCCUUUGUAUGGGAGCCCUCUGUUGUGAAGAUCAAUGCCAUCACAGCGGCAGCAGAGGCCACCUGUCUGAUACUCUCUGUAGACGAGACCAUCAGAAAUCCCAAGUCCAGCCAGGAAGGGGGAGGAGGUCCCCCUGGCAGGGGGCGGGGCAGGCCCAUGUAGGGAGAGGGUGGGACUAGAUCUGUCUGUGUGCUUGAACUAAAUAGUGUGCUUCUUUGGUCUGAGAUAAGAUUUAUUUAUUUUUUAUGGCGGGGUAAAAAAGCUGGCACUGAUGAUUACAGAUAAAAAUUUGAAGUAUUAGUAUAUUUUAAUGGCAAAUGUUGUGCUUGUUGUCUCUGAAGCCCUUUGCUAGUCACUGAACACGUUCAGUGACAUCAACUAACUGAGCAUCAUGCUUGAAUGGAAGUCUUAAAUUGUUGCAUUAUUUAUUAUUGCAUAACAAUUGUUUUCAUAUCCCAGUUGAAUGCUCAAACAUAAGUUGAGCUUACAGUCUUAGCUUUGUGUUCAAGAUGAAAAUAAUGUAUGGUCGUUUUACUCCAGUUUGUUUCAAUUAUUUUGAUAUACAUUCAAUAUCUAUUCAUUAUAGGAACACAGGUUAAUUUAUGAACGCUUUUCAUUUUCAAAUUUCUACUGUGAUUUUUAUAAAUAAACGUAAAAAAUGCA